UUGACUGCUCCGACCUCUCGUUUCACAGGGCCCCUCGCAGAAAGGCGCCUGAUGGAUGUCAGGCUGGGGGAGCUGCCCACGUGGCUGGCCACCCGUGACUUCUCUCCCCGGGGGCUGCUUGGAGGAGUGCAGAAAGCAUGGAACAGUUACUGCAACAAAUACAUCAACGUGAAAAAGGGCGGAGCAGCUGGGGUCUCCAUGCUCCUGGCUGGAUACUGCAUCCUCAGCUACGGCUGGAGCUAUCAGCAUAUCAAGUGUAAUCGCUGGCGUAAGUACCACUGAAGAAGCUGGAACAGCAACCAGGGAACAAUCACAACCAUUUGACGGAGUCAGCACAAGCUCUCUGGACCAGCGUCCCAACAGGGAUUGAACCCAGCAGAGGCCCCCUUCCUGUCAGAGACAGCUCGUAAAUCCUUGCUGCUGAGGGGGUGCUUUUCAGCUACCCUCUGGCAGGCAGAGGGGUGAUGCCGACAGCCUGCAGUCACUGCUCUGCGGGUCAGGCAGCGUUCAGUACUGAAAGACAAAGUGUUAGGGCAGCUCCUCAGAGGUCUGCAGGAGAGCUCUUGUACUCUGCUUUGCAGCAGCUUGGGUCUCUUGCUGGAUAGGUCAGGGACAGGACAGUUCCCAGAUGUAGGCGGUUAGCGUAGAUUGAUCUACACAUGUAUCUACACAUGUUACAGUGUAUUGCCAAUGAAUUAUAUGAUUGAUUGUGGCAGAGGGGGAUAAUCGUUCCCUUAAGUUAGCAGAGCUGUGCCCAGCACUGCCCGUCUUUUACUUACCCCUCUCCACAACGAGAUUGCUCUGCUACCAGCCCCAGGAGAAGGGUGGUCCCUGCAGAGCUGUUCCACAAAGGGGCCCCUGCUUCCCCAACAGCACAGCACCCCUGGGACUGCCUGGGCACCAGAACAGCCACAGGAAGGAUCUCUGUGAAGGCUUUAAAGCAGCAGCACUGAGAAGGCAGUGCCCUAUUUCUGGUGGAAGAAAAUCCAUUGGAUUAGCUGUUGUGCCCAAAGGGCAAACUGACAUCAGACAAACGAGGACAGUUAUGAGAGCGCUAGUUGUAGCCUGCCGUCACCGAACAUGUCUGGAAAAGCAGCAUUGGUCAUGCUACAGGCAUGAAGGGUAAGAAAAAAAAAGGCAACAAAAAUAUGAACUCUUUAUUCCAAGUGAGGUGCAGAAGUAUUGUGUCAGAGGCGUUUCACCAAGAACUCCCCUUACCAGCAAUAAAAGCCUUUGUGCGUUUUCCUUUCCUGCUCA